GUGGCGGCAGUCAUGGCGGCUACGUCGGGUUCAGUUCGCCUGCAACGCUGCAUGGUGUCGCCGGCUGGGAGGCACAGCGCCUCUCUGAUCUUCCUGCACGGCUCAGGUGAUUCUGGACCAGGAUUGAGAACGUGGAUCGAGCAAGUUUUAAAUCAAGAUUUAACAUUCCAGCACAUAAAAGUUAUCUAUCCAACAGCUCCUCCCAGGCCAUAUACUCCUUUGAAAGGAGGAUUCUCCAAUGUAUGGUUUGACAGAUUUAAAAUAUCUAAUGACUGCCCAGAACACCUUGAAUCAAUUGAUGUAAUGUGUCAGGUGCUUACAGAUUUGAUUGAUGGUGAAGUAAAAAGUGGUAUCAAGAAGAACAGGAUAUUAGUAGGAGGAUUUUCUAUGGGAGGGUGCAUGGCAAUGCAUUUAGCAUACAGGAAUCAUCAAGAUGUGGCAGGAGUAUUUGCUCUUUCUAGUUUUCUGAAUAAAACAUCUGCUGUUUACCAGGCUCUUCAGAAAAGUGAAGGUGUCCUUCCUGAAUUAUUUCAGUGUCAUGGUACCGUAGAUGAGUUAGUUCUUCAUUCUUGGGGUGAAGAGACAAACUCAGUAUUAAAAUCUCUAGGAGUGAACACAAAGUUUCAUAGUUUCCCAGGUGUUUACCAUGAGUUAAGCAAAGCUGAGCUAGAAAAACUGAAGUCAUGGAUUCUUACAAAGCUACCAGACUGAAUGAGUCAAGAUUGAUUUGUUAAUAUAUAAGUAAUGUCUUUAUGAAAAGUGAUUUUUACUGCCAAAUUCUAAUUUGAUAAACAAUAAUUAAAAUGUUAAAAAAUAUCAACAGUUUACUGACUUAUUUAUUAGUUAUUGAAAUGAUUAGCACCAUAGA